UACGUCAACGCACAUGACGUUCCCCACGUUUGAGUUAGUAACACGAAACUGUAAGUCGGCGACUCGUUCGACACCUAUUUGAAAAUUUACGCCCGCAUCAAGCUACAUCAGCCAACAACUUGGUUUCAUUUUUUUUAUCUACGCCGAUGCGCCACUUACCUCGUUCGGUGGUACGUUGCUUUAUUUUGCACGAUUAAAACUGGUUCUCUUAUUGAUAGUAGACCGAUUUGGCUAUCGCUGUGUCGCACUCGCCGACGGGUAUUUAAACUUGCAGCCGCGAAAGUUACUUGCAUUUCUUCGUUGCCACUGCGAGGAAAAUGAAGCAUUUACCGGUGCGUUUCGUUUUGCUUGUUUCGAAUCUGUUUCUGCUCGACUACUCGGCCAUGGUAACAGGAACGAUACUCUUUAGACCCGAGCUCUUCGCCGACGACAUCUGCGGGGAAAAUGAAAUUUUCAGUUAUUGUUACGCGAAUCCGAGUUGCGAAAAGAGUUGCGAUAAUAUCGAUGUCUGGGAGUCGGUGCCUUGCAUCCGGACGAAAAAUUGCUUGAGCGGUUGCAUCUGCGAGCAAGGAUACGUACGCGACAAGAGCCAAGGAAUUUGCAUUUUGGAGAACAUGUGUCCGAGAGUCAGGCAUUAGUCUCCGGACGAAGCCGAUGGUUUGUGUCAUUUGAUUCAGUAGAGAUAUGUCGAUUAAUAUAUUCACAUAUAUUAGAAGAUAUUAGAAAAAAAAAAAAAAUAUAUGAAAAACUAAUUGUACUUUA